CCUAGAGCCGCCUGACAGACCGUUUAACCGAGCUCCGGUUGUGCUAGCGAGCCGCGCGCGCCCUAGGGGUGACCAUGGAGGGCAGUAAGCGAACCGGGUCUCUCUCUGGCCCUGCGAAGCGCCGGGAUCAGGCCGGGGAGGCACAGAUGAGAGAAAAGGAGCAGUUUCGCAAACUGUUCAUUGGUGGCUUGAGCUUUGAAACAACAGAAGAAAGUUUGAGAAACUACUAUGAGCAAUGGGGGAAACUUACAGACUGUGUGGUGAUGAGGGAUCCUGCAAGCAAACGAUCGAGAGGGUUUGGUUUUGUAACAUUCUCCUCUAUGGCUGAAGUUGAUGCAGCCAUGGCUGCAAGACCUCACUCAAUUGAUGGAAGGGUAGUUGAGCCAAAACGAGCAGUAGCCAGAGAGGAAUCUGGAAAACCUGGUGCUCAUGUUACUGUGAAAAAGCUGUUUGUUGGUGGAAUUAAGGAAGAUACUGAGGAACACCACCUUCGAGACUACUUUGAGGAAUAUGGGAAAAUUGACACUAUUGAAAUAAUUACAGAUAGACAAUCUGGCAAAAAGAGAGGUUUUGGCUUUGUUACGUUUGACGACCAUGAUCCUGUUGAUAAAAUUGUAUUGCAGAAAUACCACACCAUCAAUGGCCAUAAUGCAGAAGUAAGAAAAGCUUUAUCUAGACAAGAAAUGCAAGAAGUUCAAAGUUCUAGGAGUGGAAGAGGAGGUAACUUCGGCUUUGGGGAUUCACGUGGAGGUGGUGGCAACUUUGGUCCAGGACCAGGAAGCAACUUCAGAGGUGGAUCUGAUGGAUAUGGAAGUGGUCGUGGAUUUGGUGAUGGAUACAAUGGAUAUGGUGGAGGACCAGGAGGUGGCAAUUUUGGAGGUAGUCCUGGUUAUGGAGGAGGAAGAGGAGGAUAUGGUGGUGGAGGACCUGGAUAUGGCAACCAGGGUGGGGGCUACGGAGGUGGUUAUGACAACUAUGGAGGAGGCAAUUAUGGAAGUGGAAACUACAAUGAUUUUGGAAACUAUAACCAACAGCCCUCAAACUAUGGUCCAAUGAAGAGUGGAAAUUUUGGUGGUAGCAGGAACAUGGGGGGAGGACCAUAUGGUGGAGGAAACUAUGGUCCAGGAGGCAGUGGAGGAAGUGGUGGAUAUGGAGGGAGGAGCCGUUACUGAGCUUCUGCAAACUUGCCAUGGGCUUCACUGUAUAAAUAGGAGAGGAUGAGAGCCCAGAGGUAACAGAACAGCUUCAGGUUAUCGAAAUAACAAUGUUAAGGAAACACUUAUCUCAGUCAUGCAUAAAUAUGCAGUGAUAUGGCAGAAGACACCAGAGCAGAUGCAGAGAGCCAUUUUGUGAAUGGAUUGGAUUAUUUAAUAACAUUACCUUACUGUGGAGGAAGGAUUGUAAAAAUGCCUUUGAGACAGUUUCUUAGCUUUUUAAUUGUUGUUUCUUUCUAGUGGUCUUUGUAAGAGUGUAGAAGCAUUCCUUUGAUAAUGUUAAAUUUGUAAGUUUCAGGUGACAUGUGAAACCUUUUUUAAGAUUUUUCUCAAAGUUUUGAAAAGCUAUUAGCCAGGAUCAUGGUGUAAUAAGACAUAACGUUUUCCUUUUAAAAAAUUUAAGUGCGUGUGUAGAGUUAAGAAGCUGUUGUACAUUUGAUUUAAUAAAAUAAUUCUAAAGGAAA